UGAUCUCGUUGCUUACUUUUUGUUUGAGACCUUUUUGCCGGAGAGCAUUUCAUUAGCGUCUUUCCGACCGAUUUUCGUAGACGAUUUUGUUUAUAUUCGAUUUACAACCUCAAUUUGAACCCUUGAAUUGAGUUAUUUUGUGCUUGAAAUGAUGAAGGAUACAGAUUUUGUUGAUCCUAAAAAUGUGGUAAAAUGUCGAGAGUUGCUGUACCGAUUGAUGAUAAGUCAAUUAUUCUAUGACGGUCAUCACCAAAUGGCUGUGGAACUCACCGGUUUGGUACGCGCUGAUCCAGCCUGCCCGCCAAGUGAUCGACUAUUGAACAUUUUUCGCCAGGCAUGUCAAAUUGAUACCAGCAAACAAACGAAUGUUUUCGACGAAAUAUCUUCCGGAUUGGAUCUAGAGUUUGAGAUUGAAAGCUCUGCAAUGGCACCCGAACCCGCGUCGUACGAGACAGCGUACGUUACGUCGCAUAAAGCCGCCUGCCGAGCAGGAUGCUUCAGUUACGACGGUCAACUAGUUGCCACUGGUAGUGUGGACGCGAGUAUCAAAAUUCUGGAUGUGGACAGAAUGCUGGCAAAAUCGGCACCAGACGAGAUGGAUCCCGGUAGAGAACAACAUGGUCAUCCAGUUAUCAGGACAUUGUACGAUCAUACUGAUGAGGUGGCUUACUUGGAAUUCCACCCCAAGGAUCAAAUUUUAGCUUCGGGCUCACGAGACCAUACCGUCAAACUUUUUGAUAUUUCAAAAGCAUCAGUUAAGAAAGCCUAUAAAGUUUUAAGCGACUGUGUUCCGGUACGGUGUUUGGCUUUUCAUCCAACGGGAGACUAUAUGGCAGUUGGUACGGACCAUCACGUACUUCGCGUGUACGACGUUUUGACAGGACAAUGUUUUGUUAGCGCAAUUCCUUCCCAGCAACAUACAGAAUCUAUAACGUGCGUGAGAUACUCUGUAAAUGCGAAAGUUUAUGCAACUGGUAGCAUGGAUGGGUCUAUAAAACUAUGGGAUGGCGUCAGCGGUCGCUGCAUUAAUACCUUUUCUCAAGCCCAUGAUGGGUCGGAGAUCUGCUCCGUAGUUUUUACCCGAAAUGGUAAAUAUCUGCUUUCGUCGGGCCAAGAUUCCCUGGUUAAGCUAUGGGAACUAAGUACCAGUCGUUGCUUGAUCGCUUACACCGGAGCCGGAACUACUGGCAAACAGGAACAUCAAACACAAGCCGUAUUCAAUCACACCGAGGAUUAUGUGCUCUUCCCGGACGAGGUAACCACCUCCCUUUGCUCUUGGAACUCUCGGAAUGCCUCUCGCUGCCAUCUGAUGUCGCUGGGUCACAAUGGUGCUGUUCGAUUCAUAGUCCAUUCACCGAACCAUCCGGCGUUUCUGACCUGCUCGGAUGACUACCGAGCGCGGUUCUGGGUCAGACGGUCGAACUCACACUAAAUUAUUGCAUGCAAGAGCGUCUUUUAUAUUUCAAUUCUAACCGGUGUCGUGUUGCAUCUUUGAUGUGCAUGAUGCUGAAAUAAAAACGAAUAAAAUAAGGUGUAAUACUAUCUGCGCUAUGUUGCGAAUCAAGCAAGCGUAACAAA